AUGCAAUCCCCAAUAAUCACAGAAACAACGCCAGAGCACGAGCGAACAGACUCGCCCAACGAACUCGCCAAAGAUGAUAUCAAGGCAGAACUCGGAUCCAAGGAAGAAAUUGAUCCUCGUGGCUCAGAUCAUGUUUCUAGAGGAUUCCUCCCAUUCUUAUGUUUCGUCCCAGCCUUGCAAGAUCCCAGACAUUAUACCCCGGGGAUGAAGUGGGUUUUGACCUUUAUUGUGGCGAUGGGAGGGCUGGUGGUUCCGCUGAGUAGUGGUGUUUUGUUCCCCUGCCUGAUAGAGAUCGCCGAGGAUAUGCAUACCACCGUGUCGGUGGUGAACUUGUCUAUUGCUUUUGGCUCGCUUUCUGUCGCCAUCACGCCCCUGUGGUGGUCAUACCUGGCCGAGCUCUACGGUCGUCGGCUGGUUUACAUAUUGUCCUUCUUUUUCUUGGGAAUUUUCAACAUUCUGGCUGCUAUCAGCCCCAACAUUGGCAUGUUUGUCGCCAUGCGACUCCUUGGGAGUGCCUCCAGUGCGUCCCUUCAAGCCGUCAGUGCCGGAACAAUUUCCGACAUCUUCAAAAAGCAAGAUCGCGGCAAGGCAAUGGGCGCGUUCAUGCUUGGUCCCAUGAUGGGGCCCAUGUUCGCCCCCAUCAUCGGCGGAGCGCUUACUACGCAUUGGAGUUGGCGCAGCACGCAGUGGUUCAUGGUCAUCUAUGGAUGGGCCGUGUUUAUGGUGAUGGUCCUCUUCAUGCCGGAGACGGCCACCAACCUAGAAGAGAACCGCCGCGAGCACCGAAACGACGCCACCAGCCCCAGCAAGGAAGCCCUCCACUUCCUCCUGAAGCCCAUGCAAGCCGCCAAGCUCCUCCAAUACCCGCCAAUUCUUAUUACCGUCUAUUACACCAGUAUUGUCUUUGCUACAUACUAUCUCAUUUGUGUCUCUAUCGAAGACACCUUCGCCAGGCCACCAUACUCCUGGAGCUCCAUCAUUGUUGGUGUCGCUUAUGUCCCCGGCGGCCUGGGCCUGCUCUUUGGUGCGAUAAUUGGCGGCCGUUGGCAGGAUUAUAUCAUGGCUCGGACUGCUCGAAAGGAGGGGCGAUUCAAUGAUAAGGGGGAGUUGAUCCUCCACCCGGUCGAUCGCCUAGGCGAGAACUGCCUUCUUGGGGGUAUUCUUUUCCCGGGCGCACUCUUGUGGUGGGGAUGGACGGCCGACAAACAUGAGUUCUGGCUGGUCCCACUCCUCGGAAACUUCUUCUACGGGUUUGGCGGGAUGAUUCUCACCAACGUUACCAUGACGAUGCUGACGGAAUUUACACCGAAGAACUCCACCAUCGGCGUCGCGGUGAAUAACCUCAUGCGAAACAGUCUGUCGUGUGUGAGUGCGGUCAUUGCGCAGCCGUUAUUCGAUGCGAUUGGAACUGGUUGGUCGUUCACGGCGCGGGAUGAAUGGAGUCGGCAAAUGAAGGCUAUGCUGGGUGAGUAA